AUGCUGGCUUCGGCGGGGCAGGAGUCUGACGUCGGAGGCGCAGUGGACGCCUGCCUGCAACAGGGCGUAGAGCCGGUGCCGAUAUUAUUUGCAUCCACCCAGCCUUCGGGCACGGUGGCGCGCGCGGCUUACGAAGAUUUCAAGGAAGAAAUACUUGCCGGCCUGGCCGCGGCCGGCCCACUUGAUGGCUGCGUGCUGUUGCUGCAUGGCGCCGGCGUGGUUGAUGGCAUAGAGGACCUGGAGGGAGAUCUGGCCCACGCGGUGCGUGGUGUGCUUGGUAAUAUUCCGAUAACCGCUUCUUUUGAUCUGCACGGUAAUGCCACCCAGUUUAUGGCAGACCAGCUGAACGGCAUUUUUGCCUGUCGCGAGUAUCCGCACAUCGAUUUACAUCUUCGCGCCGCAGAUGCUGUUGAAGCUAUCCGAGAAAUGCAUGAACGUGGCGUUAAUGCGGCAUGUCACCUCGUAGCACUGCCUGUUUUAAUGCCUACUACAACCACCUUUGAAGGUGCUGGGAAGGAUACCCUGGCAGAGUUGCUUGAGCUGCAAAGCCGUACACCCUGUAUAGAUCUGAGCUGGUUCCACGGCUUUCCGUAUACAGACGUAGCCCAUGUUGGCAGUUCUGUUGUAGCGACCUGUUAUCCGGAGCAGCUCGAACCGGCUAAAGCUGCAUUAGCCGAAUUUGCUCAACACCUCUGGGACAAUCGGGAACUGUUCCGCGCGCGCUCACUAAGUGCAGAGGAAGCCCUGGAAGAAGCCAAGCAGGUGGGUAGUUACCCAGUGGUGAUUCAUGAAACUUCAGACAAUUGUGGUGGCGGGACCCCUGGGGACGGUACCCAUCUGUUGCGGGCGAUGCUUGCUGACGGCUUAGGCAAAGAGGCCUGUUUCGCCUUUCUGGUGGAUCCGCAAACCGCCGCGCAGGCCCACAAAGCCGGCGUUGGCGCCACCCUGCAGAUCAAACUGGGUGGUAAAACCGACAAGCUGCAUGGUGAACCUAUAGAGGCCGCCGCGUACGUCAAAGCGCUACACGAUGGUCGCCUGAUCAUGCAGCAUAUGUUCCGGGGUGCACCGAUAAAUCUUGGUCUAAUGGCGCGUCUGGUGAUCGAUGAUAUGGAUGUUGUGGUUGCGUCCAAGCGCAGUCAGACCUUCGAUCGUGAACCCUUUCUAGCGGAUUAUGAGGUGGCUAUGCUGGCUCGCAGUGAACAGCGGCUGAUAGAUCUCAGUGCUGAACACGCCACAGCCCAUGCCUUCCCUUGUGAUGUGACAGAUACAGCCGCUCUGCAGGCAACCCUUGCAGAUGUUGUUAGGAAACUGGGCCCGCCGACAGUUGUUGUGCAUAACGCUGUCGGUGGCGCGUUUGGUAGUUUCAUGGAUAUUGAUCCUGAAGUGCUUAAUCAGAAUUUCCAGGUCAACACCAUGGCGCUUCUGCAUCUUGCGCGGCUGGUGGCGCCAGCGAUGGUGGCGGCGGGAGAGGGAGCCAUUGUUGUGACGGGCAACACGUCCGCUUACAGGGGGCUUGCUAACUUUGCCGGCUUUGCCCCGAGCAAAGCGGCCCAGCGCGUUCUGGCUGAAGCCAUAGCGCGUGUGGUGUUCACCGUUGCCAGCAUAGUGAUGGCGAUCAGCAUUCUUGCGAUCCUGUUAUUGAUCGCCACUGCCAGAACACCUGAACAACUGUCGCGGGUUGCCACCGAUACUGCUUAUCUGGAAGAGGCAGCAAAUUCAAUUGCCCGUGGCAUUGAAGUGGGUAUUGCCCAACAUCAGGCUCUAGGGUCAGAUGUGCAACGGCUUGAUAACGCAUUGCAGCAGGGCAGUGACUCGCUUGCUCGUGCCCUUAACCAAACGUAUCAGCCGGUUGGCGUGCUCGCUCAGGCGCGCUGGUAUGUAAUUGACUGGCUGAAUCUCAUUGACGCCGGAGCCGGUCAGUUGAGCGCUGCAACUCUGGUGCUUGAUCAAAGCGAUCAGCUGCUGCAAUCCGUACAACAGCUGCGAGACGAAUUUGUAGCUUAUGGCGCAAACCAACAGGAACUGUUAGCCGCUGAAGCCGCUUACGCGACGCUGGCCAAUACGGCCGUUGGCGAGCUUCGAGAAAAAGGUGAUCAGAAUCGGGCGGAUAGCGUCUAUGUGAAUACCGAACAGGUGAAAACCCUACUGGCCAAUGGUCGAGUUGAAGACCUGAAUGGCGUGCUCACAUUGGUUGAUCAGCUGGAAGAAGUAGAAGCCAGUCUGGCGACCGAUCAGCGGGGUAACCUUCGUUCGCUGAUAAAUACUACCUACACAAUGAUUUCGCUACGCAGAGCGAUGAAUCAGGCCAUUGACGCCAUGCAGCAGGAUCUUGUGCUGUCUCAUCUGGAACAACUCAGCGAUACAACCACCAACGAUCAGCUCUAUGUGCUAAAUGCAGUCAACGAUGCUCGGGUAUUGCUCAAUGUUUACACCGUGUUGAUGCUUGCAGUUCUGGGCUUUUUUGGCCUACGCCUGGCAGCCAGUCACAGAGCGCUGAAUCGAUCCCAUGACGAUCUCGAAGUGAGGGUAGUCGAGCGUACCGCUGACCUGGCCCGUGCCAAUGAGAAUCUCCAGGAAAGUCAGGUGCAGCUGGUCCAGGCUGAGAAAAUGUCGAGUCUUGGUCAGCUGGUGGCUGGAGUGAUGCACGAAAUUAAUACACCCCUGCUGUAUGUGCUGAACAACACGUCAGUCACUGCCGAAGCGGUGGAAGACCUGGCUAAAUAUGUUGAGGCAACCAAGCCAAUUCUUGCAGCGCAGUCUUCAGAAGAAGGUAAGCAGGCAAUCAAGGCGCUGUUGUCACGGCGUAAUGAAUUUGAUCUGGAUGAAAUAGACGAAAACAUGCAGGAGGUCGAAUCUCUUGCCCAGGACAGCAUUGAUGGGCUGAACCAGAUCAGUGACCUGGUGCAGAGUCUGAAAGAUUUCUCCCGCCUUGAUCGCGUUGCAGAUGACACGUUUGAUGUCCGCGAAGGCAUAGAAAAGACGCUGACAAUUACCCGCAACCUUCUUAAACAGGGUGUUGAGGUGCAGAAGAAUUUCAGCGACGUUCCGGAAAUUUAUUGUUCACCGUCGCGUCUGAAUCAGGUGUUUAUCAAUAUCAUCACCAAUGCGGUGCAGGCUAUGGAUGGUCGCGGUGUGCUGAAGAUCAGUACCUCGUACAACCAGACUACCAAGGGCGACAGUGUUGAGAUUGUCUUUGAAGAUACUGGUUGUGGUAUUCCUCAGGAGCACCUGACCAAAAUCAUGGAUCCAUUUUUUACCACCAAGCCGGUUGGCGAAGGUACCGGUCUCGGAUUGUCGAUUGUGCGGCAGAUUGUAGAGCAGCACGAAGGCCAGAUAUUUGUAGAUUCCAAAGAAAAUGUUGGGACUCGCAUAGUGCUGAGUUUUCCGGUUAAAGGGCCUCAGCAGAAACCAGCAGACGCUGAGGAGGCAGCCUGA